AUGCCGCCUCCCAGAACCAGAGCGGAGGUUCAAGCCCAGAAACAGAAGGAAAAGCUUGCCCAAUCCUACAAUGAGUUACUGAAAGAGUUUUCAUCGAAAGACCUCCGACAUGUUGGAAACUAUACCUUGGGCAGGUUGAUUGGAAAAGGCUCCUUCGGCAAAGUGUACCUUGCUUCGCAUAAACUCACGAAUCACUCGAAGGUCGUGCUGAAGUCUUCGGACAAAGAGGAUACAAAUUUGGCACGAGAGAUUCACCACCAUCGCCAAUUCCUACAUCCCCAUAUUGCGCGACUAUAUGAGGUCAUUGUGACUGAAAAGCUUGUUUGGCUGGUUCUUGAAUAUUGUCCUGGCGAUGAACUAUAUAAUUUCCUUCUACAAAACGGGCCGCUACCUAUUGACAAGGUCAAAAAGAUCUUCACUCAGCUUGUCGGCGCUGUAUCCUACGUUCACAGCAAAUCAUGUGUUCACCGAGACCUUAAGUUAGAGAAUAUUCUACUUGACAAGCAUGAAAACGUGAAACUUUGCGAUUUCGGUUUUACAAGGGAAUAUGAAGGAAAAGCGAGCUAUCUCCAAACUUUCUGCGGUACCGUGUGCUACAGCGCACCGGAAAUGCUCAAGGCCGAAAAAUAUGCCGGGGAAAAAGUGGAUGUCUGGAGCUUGGGCAUCAUUCUUUACGCGCUCAUUGCAGGAGAGCUGCCGUACGAUGACGACGACGAUCAAGUCACCAAAGCGCGGAUUCUAAGCGAGGAGCCGAAGUACAAUGACAAGUUCCCGGACGAUGCCAAAGCACUCAUAAACCUCCUCCUCUCAAAACGGCCUAUUCUCCGACCUAGUCUAAACGAUGUACUCGCCCAUCCGUUUCUUUCCGUACAUGCUGCUGAACAAUUAGCCAUUCUGAAGCUUCCUCGACCGCCGCCUUUCUCAACGUCCUUGGAAAAGACGACUCUACAUCGAAUGAAAAGCGCGGGCAUUAAUGUCGACGACGUGGUGGAGAGUGUUAUGGCGCAGCGUUGCGAUGCGCUUGCCGGUUGGUGGGCUCUUCUGAUAGAGAAGGAGCAGCGGAAAGAAGCCAAGAGGGAGAGAAAACGAAGAGAACGGGAUGCAGAGGCGAAAAACAUUCGCCGCCUAAGUGCAGCUAGCAGUCGCCUGGAGAAGAUAUCUGCUGCGCUAGUUGAAGUGGAUGAAGAGAGCCAUUCGACAACCCCAGUUCAUGAACGUGGUCGGAGGAAUCGCCGAAGCUUACCCUCACAGCUUGCUGUUCCUGAGUUGCCCAUGCUCCCAGAGCCGCCCCUGCAGUCUCCCGCGCUCACCACACCACCGCCGCCCCCAGUCGACAAAGACUCAAUUCGUUCUAACAGCUCCACGCGGCGCCUCCCUCCGGUGCCACCUCCCAAAGACCGAAGGCGCUCCCGCCCUAGCACACUCCACGUGAGCGCAUCUCAACCUGAAUUAGCGCAGCAUGGUGGGAUUUUCCGACGUCGAACUGGUCGUCGCCAGUACCCGAUUAUCAGCCAAUUAGCAUCCCUAAAGCAUUGGUUUGUAGAAUCUGCAAAGAGAGCCAAGUCUCCACACCCAAAGUCCGCCGGUGGUACAUCUCGCAAGUUUCUGUCGGAGAAGUUGAGUCCUGCGAAAGGUCAAGAGGGGAGCAAGAAGACGGCGUUGGCUGCUUCAACAACUAGCCAGCCGAGCGAUCUGGUGACACCGACUCAAAUAAAACGCGCCUCCAACGCAAGCAGUCUAGCGCCAAGUAGCGCGUCCUAUCCCCAUCGACGUCACUCUUACCCUCGACAGCCGCGGCCAUUGAGUACCGGUGCAAGUCAUCGGAACUCAUUGUCGCCGUCGCCCCUUACUCCAAGGGGCUCGUAUCGGCGGUCUUCAGUUGGUUUAAGGGGCCGCAAGUCAACAUCUUCAUCCGUCUCGUCUAUUCGAAGUAUUCAUCACGGUCAUUCUCGUUCGAAGGCUUCAUCUAUAUCAUCCAACAGCAUCGGCUCUGCGUCCACGCCAACCGCUCGGGUUGCUAAAUCCCCGCACACUUCGGUCAAAGUGCUGCCUACGACACCUGGUGCAUCUGCGCGCUUCCCUACCAAUAUUCGGUUAGUCCGAAACCCAGGUCAUGGGUUGCGAGACAUGGAUGAGCCUGACGGUAUACCUAGUUCGUCUUAUAAUGAAGCUGUUCCUGCGCCCAUGCUAUAUUCUCCUUCGUCGAGUCUCGUUUUCGCACGUCGGAAACGGUCUACAUUCAAGGGGCCAAUGGUUCAUGUGGCUAAUCUGAUGGCAUCGGGCGGAAUAACAUCUGAAUACCCCAGCGGAGAUAUCCCUUCCCUUAAAACAGCGCGGCCCACGACACGGAAGAGCCAGAUCAUUGAGGAGGAAGAGGACGCAGAAGACGAAUAUGAGGAAGUGGAUGCAUUUACUGGGACUGAGGAAGAACCGGCUUCGCCAACUGGGGUCGUUAGCUCGGAGCUCUCAGAUCUCGAUAAUUCCCUCGGCCGCGGCCAGCCCGUCCUCGAGCCUGCUCCUGAUCUUGACUCAAGUCCUCUCCGACCUCCGCGCUCCUCUUCACUGAAAACAGCCUCGCGAGACCCCAUCGUUGGAUCGAGCCAUGCUGACAAGGCUGUGUUGGAUGCUUCUCCAAAAUCCGUUGUAUCCGGAAAACGCAGCUUGAACCAAAUAACAGACGAAACUGCGACAGCGAAUUAG